GCCGGAGCUGCGCCGUGUGGCCGCGAGGUGGAGCAAGUUCUGCGAGCCAUUGAGCAAGGGCAAGACGUGGCCCCGGCGCUGCUUGCCGUGUUGUCUGAGGUCACAGCCCACAAGGGAGCAGCUGCCUUUGCCAAAGCUUGCCGGGAGAUCCGGAAGUUGGCGGACAACCUGUGGGAUGUGCCCAAGCUUCGAGCCUUGAUCCUUCAAGAAGUCCUGGAGGCGGAGUUGAGGCUCCUCCACGUGAACCAGGCGGUGGAGGUGAAAGACGUGGCGAAAUCCUUUGAAGAGCUCCUGUCAGCUGUUGGCCCAUCAGAUGUGUUUGUUUGGUUGCGAUAUCUAGAAUUCGCACAAGAAGUCUUUGGUUCUGCUGGAGCCCCAAGCCCAUCGGACCUCCACCUGCGUGCGCUGCGCUCGGUGAAGGACCAAGACCUCUAUCGCGAGAAGGCACAGCAGAUCCUGCAAGGACUCGAUCUCUGAGUGCACGGAGCUGGCAGAACACGUGCCGCGCUCUGAUGCGAGCCUCAUGAGCUGCAAAGAAGAGCGAGCUGCCGAGCUGCCGAGCUCGUUUUGGGGCGCUGCGCACUUUGGAACUCGGUUUCACCAAGGGAUCUCCCAAACCUUGGUAGAAAGGAACUCAAACAGAUCGAGU